GAAAAAGUAGUGGAAGACGAAGAGGAAAAUAGCAAAACUGAAAGCAAAGGUUCAGUGACGUGCGUUUGGCUUCACCCCAUCAAAGACACCAUCAUCUUUGCCGUCAUCGCCAACCAGUUUACAAAAUAUCACAAAAACUGCAACCAAUCUUUCAAAUCUGUGCCAAAGACUUACGCUAAACAUUUU